CCACAGGUAAGAGAAGGACCCUCAGGCAAAGUGGCCGUUAGGGGCUAAAGAGGAGCAAGCUGUCACAUCUGGUGCAGCUCAGUAGUGUAGACCGAGCCUUUUUUACUCUGACAUGGCACUGGCUGAGGUCGUGGUGGUGGGAUCCUGUAUGACUGAUCUGGUGAGUCUUACUCCACGUCUGCCGAAAGCUGGAGAGACCAUACAUGGACAUAAGUUUUUCACUGGAUUUGGGGGGAAAGGUGCCAACCAGUGUGUGCAGGCUGCUCGACUUGGAGCUAAAACCUCAAUGAUCUGCAAGGUUGGGAAAGAUUCCUUUGGUAAUGAUUAUAUUGAAAACUUCAAGAAAAAUGGGAUUCCUACAGAGUUUGUAAACCAAGUGGAAGAUGCUGCUACUGGAGCUGCUUCAAUUGUGGUCAAUAGUGAAGGGCAAAACUUUAUUGUCAUUGUUGCAGGAGCAAAUUUGCUUUUAAAUUCUAAUGACUUGAAGAAGGCUGCUCAUGUCAUCUCGAAAGCCAAAGUGGUGGUUUGCCAGCUUGAAGUCACUCCAGCGAUUUCUCUGGAAGCUAUGAAAAUGGCUCAUGCCAGUGGAGUGAAGACUUUGUUUAAUCCAGCUCCAGCACUUGCUGACCUAAAUCCAGAGUUUUAUACCCAUUCUGACAUCUUCUGUUGCAAUGAAAGUGAGGCAGAAAUUCUAACGGGCAUUACAGUUGGUAAUGCUGAAGAUGCUGGACGUGUGGGAUGUAUCUUGUUAGAGCGAGGCUGCAAGACCGCCAUUGUAACCUUGGGCCCAGAGGGUUGUGUCAUGGUCUCCAAAAAUGCACCCACUCCAAAACAUGUUCCUGCUCAGAAGGUCACCCCUGUGGAUACCACGGGAGCAGGUGAUAGCUUUGUAGGAGCCCUGGCUUUCUACCUGGCCUAUUAUCCCCAUCUACCUUUGGAGGAAAUGCUGAAGAGGAGUAACUGUAUUGCAUCUAUUAGUGUGCAAACAACGGGGACACAGACAUCAUAUCCCUACAGAAAGAACCUGCCACAAAAUCUCUUUUAAGUGACAUUCCUACACCAUCAAAAUGGGCAAUUUUUUCUUUGUUCAGGUAAGAGAAUUAUUAAGCAGGAUUUUCAGCACAUAUACUUAUAUCCUAUGUGGAUUAAUGGUUUAAAAAAACCCAGGUAUGAUUGUUUUAAACUUAACCUCAUGUGCACUAUCACACCAAGUGGUUGAGAGAAAAAUAUGUUUAUAGCCCUUCACUUUUAGAUCUAGGAAUGCCCACAUUUAUUGCCCAAAUAAGGGAUCAAUUACAAGAUAUAGUUUGUUUUGGUGCUUCAAUGCUGUCUUCAUAAAUGUUUCUAAAAAUUGGAAGUUGUGAUUUCAAAACGGAAAUACUGUGCAAGAAUAAAAUCUUCUAUAUUUUGUGAAAUCUCUCUCUUUUCCGAAAUAAAGAUGUCAAAACAGGAA